AAAAUACCUAGACAGAGUUCUACACAGAAUUGUUCUGCACAGUGAGUAAUUCUGUGGUGUAAAUGAAUUUUUCAUCCAUUUUGAAAUCCAAUCCUUUUUUUCAUGCAGUGUAUUUGCUUGGUAAGAGAUGUUUCAGUGAAUGACUAAUCUUCUGGUGUAACCGUAAAUGCAAGUGUUACAGAUUGUUUCAUGAAAAUUUCCUUCUUACAGGCCUAUAACUUAUCUUCUAAAUUCAGUUCUUUUUUCACUUGUAUCUGAAAACAGCUAAAUGGCUUCUCAUUUUUGGUUUUAUUGUGAUUUUAAAACCAAAUGUUAGAAUUUCCUUUUUUCCUUGGUAAGCAUGCCAUUUGAGAUAUCAGGAUGAAGGCAAUAUUAUUUGCAAAGUUUCAACAAUUUCUGUCAUUAUCUCUCAUCAGGCUCUGCUCAGAUAUGGCAGACAUAUUCACAGCCAUCACCAGCAACAUCACAGUUUCAAAUAUCAACAAGGGAGUGCCAGCUAAAGCCGUCCUAUCCAUGACACCGUCUUUUUUCUUCCUCUACAUAAAUGUUGUCAUGCUAAUCACCCUGAGGAGUAAGGCCAUCUUCCGAGAGACCUCCCGCUUGGCCGUGAUGGCUUUGGAGCGGUACAUCGCCAUCUGCUUCCCGCUGAGGCAUGCUGAGAUCACCACAUGCAGAAGGACAGGCAUGGCCAUCGCCAUUGUAUGGGCUCUGGGCUCAGUGCAGUCUUUCACCAGCUUGAUAUGGUUUUUGAUCUCAGGACCGCUUGUCUCCACAUCGGGUUUCUGCUCCAGAUUACUCAUGCCUGCCCUGGAGGUGUACUCAGACAUAAAUAAUACAUUCACAAUCAUCUACUUCCUGUCAGUGGGGAUCACCAUCGUCUACACAUACAUUGGCAUUGUUGUGGCUGCGAGAUCUGUUUCCUCAAACAAACUUUCAGCUGCUAAGGCCCACAGGACUGUAUUACUGCACUUGAUUCAGCUGGGGCUUUGUCUUUCGUCUAUUCUGUUUGACACCAUUGUUGAAGUAGUGCGUGCACGCUUGGACCUAUUUGCUGUUUUACAUUUGCAGUAUAUCCUGUUCCUGGGACUGAUCAUCCUCCCCAGAUGCCUGAGCCCGCUCAUAUAUGGUUUGAGAGAUCAGACAUUCAGGCCUCUUUUUAUAUACUAUGUCACUUUUGGUUUGAGUACCACCUGUAAAGAGUUGAAGAUAUCAGUAGUGUUUAAAAGUAGUUAAAAAGAAUACCUACAAGUGUUUCAGAAUGGGUAGCAUUA